CCGUCCUCCCCUGAAACCGAUUGAUAUAUAAACACUUUGCCUCCCCUCUCGAGCAUCGCCUCCGCUCUUGACUCUUGCUCUUGCUCUUGUCCUCUGUCUCAUUGUCCAAUCACCACAGCCCUCGUCAUCGCUACCCCAAAGCCCUCACAGUGGUUUCAUUCUCGUUAUCUAUCUCAUCAUCUGCCGUGACAACAACAUCAUCAUCAUCACCAUCACCAUCGUCAACUCGUGACAAUCAUCUUUCUGUCUCACCCACUUCUCACCAACACUCUUAUUCACAAUGUCUUACCUCGCCUCCGCCCGCUACGGCAAGGACAAUGUCCGCGUCUACAAGGUCGAGCGCGACGGCGCCACCCAGACCGUCACUGAAAUGACCGUCUGCUGCCUGCUCGAGGGCGACAUCGACACGUCGUACACAGCCGCCGACAACAGCGUCGUUGUCGCCACUGAUUCCAUCAAGAACACCAUUUACAUCAAGGCCAAGGAGAACCCCGUCAACCCUCCUGAGCUCUUCGCCUCCAUCCUCGGCGCCCACUUCCUCGACACCUACGCCCACAUCCACACUGCCAACAUCAAGAUCGUCCAGCACCGCUGGACCCGCAUGACCAUCGACGGCAAGCCGCACCCUCACUCCUUCUUCCGCGACGGCGAGGAGACUCGCAAUGUCGAGGCUCGCGUCUCUCGCCAUGAAGGCAUCGCUCUCGCCAGCGCCAUCCAGAAGCUCACCGUCCUCAAGUCCACCGGCUCCGCCUUCCACGGUUUUGUCCGCGACGAGUACACCACCCUCCCUGAGACCUGGGACCGCAUCCUCUCCACCGACGUCGACGCCGGCUGGACCUGGAAGUUUUCGGACCUUGCCGCCGUGAGGGCCGCCGUGCCCCGCUUCGACCCGGCGUGGCAGGCCGCCCGCGACAUCACUAUGAAGACCUUUGCCGAGGAUGAGAGCGCCAGCGUGCAGAACACAAUGUACAAGAUGUGCGAGCAGAUCCUCGCCGCCGUCCCCGAGGUCCUGACCGCCACCUACUCCCUGCCCAACAAACACUACUUUGAGGUCGACCUCAGCUGGCACAAGGGGCUCAAGAACACGGGCAAGGACGCAGAGGUCUACGCCCCACAGUCCGGGCCCAACGGUCUCAUCAAGUGCGAGGUCGGGCGCAAGCCCGAGACGGCCAAGUUGUGAGGUGCGGCUGUAGCCUCUGAGAGAGCGUGUGAAAGAGAGGACAAGAUGAUUUUCAAGGGAAUUAGCAUCUGCAUUUAUCCUGGCGUCCAUGCCCUGGCUAGACUCGGCCGGUUGUUUUUUUUAUAGCAGUAAUGAGCAAUGAAUCUAGAGCAUCAUAUCGGAAAUGAAAUCACAAAUCUGUAUAUCCUCAGUAAAACGGUGGUCAGGCCCAAUGUUCUUCGUGUGUACUUGCCUUAUAUAUACUCCACGAACCGCAUCCAACAACCUAGAAGUCGUCAGGCAAGAAAUGCCUUGGUGAGUCGGCUGCAAAUAUCCCGGAUUGCAUCUCUCAAGAGGAUACAAGCAAAAUGAGUUUGCAGGGUACAUACUGUACGGGCGGUCCCCUUUCUCGCCCUACUAUACCGCGCUCUGCCCAUCUCAGCCAUUGAUUGAUGCUCACAUGUGGGGGGUUAAAUGGGGCCCAGGCCACCAUGAUAUACACUUUGGGGCGAAGCCCACGCCAAUCGACAACGUUCUGCGAGACUCUAGUACAUGCGGCCGAGAGUCUUGCCAUUGUUUAGGCCCAACGACGAAGUCCGGGAGCAGCAGCUCGCCUCUCGAGUGGUCUCGUGAUGAAAUCGGAACAAACCAACUGCAGCCGACUCUCUCCGCAGAGCCGCAGAAAGCGCCGCCAUCCAAAAUUUGAGAACGAUUAGACUUCCAUUUGAGAUGCCCUUAUUCAUACAGAGUGUACACGCCGAACAGACGGCCGCUCCAUUCACUCACCGAGCCCAUAACCCUUUGCCCUCUCCCCGUUCGAACCACGCUAGCCCAACUGCCACCACCACCUC